AGUGCCGUGUAUACUUCUGUGGUGAGGACUUCCACUGCUGCCGUGUGCUGCGUGAACCUGACCAAUACAUCAAAAACGCGCUUUACUCAACUACUGUGUCCGGUUGGUGCAUUGCUCUUCGUCAAAGUGUCCACGCAAACACACUCAUCAAAAAAGACGAGUUCGUUGCACUCAAUCUUCGAAAGGAGCCCUUGAAGAUUGAAAGUCUUUUUUUUUUUUUGCAAGUCGCGUGGAAUCAGCGCGAGCGCCACGCUUAUACAAACUCUCUUGCAUACUUUGAUAGUGUUUUUCACUGUUGGAACGGCUGCGUCUGUCUUCUGUGAUUUCCAUACAUCUGCACAGCUUUCUCUCUUUUUUUUUGUUUUUUGUAAGCACUGUCUUUCUUAGUGCGGCGCUGGCGUUUUCUUCGGUCAUUACGCACCGUAUCACCGCCACACUUCACCUAUACACACCGUGUUUUGCUGACCUGCCUGCGUCAUCUUUUUUCCUUUCUUUCGGAAUUGCUGAAACGUCUCUUCUUGUUUUCUGUUUUUGCACCUUUAAUUCAUAUACAUAUCCCAGCGACAAAAAAGGCAAAGAUGAAGGACAGCAACUCAGCCAAUGGCGGGCCCGUCUCACGCCUGAGAAGCUCGCCAGGCGACGAAGACAUCCAGCCGUCCCUUCCAAGCAACGCAACCACUUCAGCCACCGCCGCCAGCUCUAAAGUGCCGGAGAAACUCACCGACACCUGCUCUUGUGAAGGCGACAAGGUGCACGAAGAGACGCCUGUCCGGUGCGCCGACGGGCCGCCAAACACGCCGACGACGUCCAAUGCGGAGAGCAACUCGCAAUUCGACAUCCUCAGUGAACCGCUUGAGAAGCAGUUUGACCGCAUCGAGAAGGAAUUUGCCACGUUGGAGGCCCGCACCAUGAAUCCGCGGCAGUACAACUUCACCUCGUCCUACGCCUUCCCCACCAAGAACCGUUACAUCAACGUGAUGGCAAACGAGGACACCCUCUUUCCGCCGCUGCGGUCGCCGCUAGCCGCGCGCUCCUCCGCGCAAAAGCCACGCUCGACCGGCCAGCGAGUUCUCAACACCCUACGUGGCAGCCCGGCCACUGCGGGCGAGCCGGCAGCUGCCAGCGACGACGUCAGCAGCAUCAAGGCGAACUUCACCACGGCCAGCGGCAAAAACGUCCCUUUGUACUUCAACGCCAACACACUUGACUUGGGCGUGGAGCCGAUUUUUGUCGCCUCGCAGGCGCCGGUGCUGGACUGCAUGGAGGAUUUCCUAAACGCGAUCUACAACUACGAAAUCCCUCUCAUUUUGAUGCUCACCGAACUGCAGGAAGCCGGCUUUGUCAAAGCGGAGCGGUACUGGCCCGCUGACAAGGGCAGCGGACUGGCCGGGGAAGCUUUUGGGAACAUGGCUGUGUACAAGGAUCUCAACGACCCCUAUAGGACCGACGCGAAGCAUGAGUUGAUCUGGCGUCCCUUUUUUAUUCGACCGUGCAACGCGCCGAAGGAGAAGGAGCACAAGGUGACGAUGGUGCAGUACGUUGGCUGGCCAGACCGCGGCGUACCGGACAGCACCGAGUCGUUUGAGGAGCUGCUGCGCAUUAUUGCCGACCGAAACGCGGCGAAUCCGAAGACGCCCGCGGCGGCUGAUGCGAUCAGCGGGGCCUCGAACUCCAGCAGUGGCGGGAGCAACAGCGCUUCCGGCACUCGCAAGCCGUCGGUGCUGGUGCACUGCAGCGCCGGCAUUGGACGCACCGGCACGCUCAUUGGCGCCUACGCGGCGAUCAAGCUGAUGGAGGCGGGUAAGUUACAUCGGGACAGCAUCUGCAGCAUUCUGUCUGUCAUGCGCAAGGCUCGAUUUGGUAUGGUGCAGCGUAUUGAGCAGUACAUGUUUCUCUACCUUAUCGUGUUGCAGCACCUCGGGGCGGACACGACGCAGUUUGCAGCCCGCAUGCAGCCGCGGGCCGAUUUGUACAAUUAUCGAUGGAUGGAGGCGCAACAGGCAGCGAUAGCGGCACGCCAGGCGAGGCAGCAGCAGCAGCAGUAG